AAGAAAAAUGCGAAGGAAAGAGGGUAAAGAGGACAGAAAUGAUCCAUGAUUAUUACAUUGACUAAUCGAGGUUCCGCCACCAUUAUCCUCGCGAUUGUGCUCUCUUCUUCUUCUUCUCUAUAACUUGAUUGAUUGCUCCUCCGACUUCAAUAAUUGAGUACCUCUGAGAAAUGGAGUAUGGUAUUUUUUCUUGAAUCUUUGUUGAAGUUGUUCCUUUACGGAAAUGAUUGCAUUCUAAAUAUAUAUGAAGAUUGUAUUCUAUGGAAAAGAUCUUGAUUCGGCUGAUCCGGUUAAGCCUUGGCAGGGAAACGAUUAGCGGGUGCUGUUGAAAUUGUAUCAUCGUUUCUGACAGUUCAUUUUGUGGACAUUUAUUCGACUAAGCUGGCUCAGUAUUUUCAAUGGCUGAUGCUCGUCCUGCGAAAGGAAAUACUGGGAAUGGCAAGACAUCAGGAAGCGCCGCCAAUUCUUACACAAUUCAUCUUGAAAACUUUAGCAGACGGUUAAAGAUGUUGUACUCACAUUGGAGUGAGUUCAAGAACGGUAUGUGGGGUGGUUCUGAGGUUCUAGCGGUGGCAACCCCUCCCCCAUCAGAGGAUCUGAGGUACCUGAAGUCCUCGGCGCUGAAUAUAUGGUUGUUUGGUUAUGAGUUUCCAGACACAAUUAUGGUCUUCACGAAGAAAGAGAUCCAUUUUUUGUGUAGCCAGAAGAAGGUGAGAUUACUCGAAGCUGUGAAAAAAUCUGCAAAGGCUGCUGUGAAAGUGGACGUCAUAAUGCACACAAAGGCAAAAAGCGAUGGCGGUGCUGCAUUAAUGGAUGAUAUAUUUGAAGCAAUUCGUGCUGAAUCACGGUUGAAUGGCCACGGCAUCCCUGUUUUUGGACACAUUGCUAGAGAGGCACCUGAAGGGAAUCUUCUGGAGCUAUGGGAUGAGAAGCUUAAGGAUGCUAAUUUUCAGCUAGUUGAUGUGACUAGUGGUUUCGCAGACCUGUUUGCUGUAAAGGACACUAAUGAAGUUAUUAAUGUGAAGAGAGCCGCCCAUCUGACUUCCUCCGUGAUGAAAUAUUUUGUGGUCCCAAAGUUGGAGAAGAUUAUUGAUGAAGAAAAGAGGGUUACUCAUUCUUCAUUAAUGGAUGACACAGAAAAGGUUAUACUCGAGCCGACAAGAAUAAAGGUGGGGCUGAAAGCUGAGAAUGUUGAUAUAUGCUACCCACCAAUUUUUCAGAGUGGUGGUGUAUUUGAUCUGAAACCAAGUGCAUCAAGCAACGAUGACAACUUGUUUUACGAUUCUACGAGUGUGAUAAUAUGUGCAAUAGGAUGUCGUUACAGAAGCUAUUGCUCCAAUGUAGCAAGGACUUUCUUAAUUGAUGCCAAUUCAGUGCAGAGCAAGGCUUAUGAAGUACUCCUAAAGGCCCAUGAUGCAGCAAUUAAGGCAUUGAGGUCAGGGAAAAAGUCGAGUGAUGCAUAUCUAGCAGCAGUUUCUGUAGUUGAAGAGGAAGCGCCUGAAUUGGCUCCCUACUUGACAAAAUCUGCGGGAACAGGAAUAGGCCUUGAAUUUCGCGAGUCAGGUCUCAGUCUCAAUGGUAAAAAUGAUAGGAUCCUGAAACCUGGCAUGAUCUUCAAUGUGUCUCUUGGGUUUCAGAAUUUGCAAACUGAGACAAAGAAUCCCAAAACCCAAAAGUUCUCUAUUUUGCUUGCAGAUACUGUUGUCAUUAGUGAAAAUGAUCCAGAAGUGGUAACUUCUACCUGCUCUAAAGCCGUGAAGGAUGUAGCAUAUUCAUUCAAUGAAGACGAAGAAGAAGAGCCGCCCAAGAUCAAAUCCAUGCCUACUGUUACUGAGAAAUAUCCAUCUAAGGCAACACUCAGAUCAGUCAACCAUGAGGUAUCAAAGGAGGAGUUAAGGAGACAGCAUCAAGCAGCACUGGCUCGUCGGAAGAAUGAAGAAACUGCAAGGAGACUUGCUGGUCGUGGAACUGAAGGGGCAAAUCAUGGUCCUGUAAAACCUUCCGGAGAGCUGAUUGCCUACAAGAAUGUCAAUGAUUUACCUCCGCCAAGAGAUUUCAUGAUUCAGGUUGACCAGAAGAACGAGGCCAUCCUGUUACCAAUUUAUGGAAAGAUGGUACCAUUCCAUAUAGCUACCGUGAAGAGUGUCUCUAGCCAGCAGGAUACCAGUCGCACAUGUUAUAUCCGGAUUAUCUUUAAUGUCCCCGGCGCUCCCUUUUCACAGAACGAUCCAAACUUGCAGAAGUUUCAUGAUUCUAUAUACGUUAAAGAAGUUUCAUUCCACUCCAAGGACCCAAGGCAUAUUAGUGAAGUGGUUCAGUUAAUCAAGACCCUCCGCCGGCAGGUUGCUUCCCGGGAAUCAGAAAAAGCUGAGAGAGCAACAUUAGUUACACAAGAGAAACUCCAACUUGCUGGAGCAAAAUUUAAACCCAUUAGACUAUCAGACUUGUGGAUCCGUCCAGUCUUUGGUGGUCGUGGCAGAAAGCUUAGCGGUACCUUAGAAGCUCACACUAAUGGUUUCCGCUAUUCAACCUCAAGACCGGAUGAGCGAGUUGAUAUUAUGUUCGGAAAUGUGAAACAUGCAUUCUUCCAGCCUGCAGAGAAGGAAAUGAUCACUCUUGUGCACUUCCACCUCCACAACCACAUAAUGGUGGGUAACAAGAAAACCAAGGAUGUCCAAUUUUAUGUUGAAGUCAUGGAUGUGGUACAGACAAUUGGAGGUGGAAAAAGAUCAGCCUAUGACCCUGAUGAGAUUGAGGAGGAGCAGCGCGAGCGCGAUAGAAAGAACAAAAUUAGCAUGGAUUUUCAGAACUUUGUGAACCGAGUCAACGAUCUUUGGGGCCAACCUCAAUUUAAAGGACUUGAUUUGGAGUUUGAUCAGCCAUUGAGGGAGCUUGGCUUCCAUGGGGUUCCACACAAAUCAUCUGCAUUUAUAGUCCCGACUUCUACUUGCCUUGUCGAGCUCAUAGAAACACCCUUUGUGGUCAUCACUCUCAGUGAGAUUGAAAUAGUUAAUUUGGAGAGAGUUGGCCUUGGGCAGAAGAAUUUUGACAUGACUAUUGUAUUCAAGGACUUCAAGCGUGAUGUGAUGCGAAUAGAUUCAAUCCCUACUUCAUCACUUGAUGGUAUUAAGGAGUGGCUCGAUACAACGGAUCUCAAGUACUACGAGAGUAGGCUAAAUCUUAACUGGCGCCAGAUACUGAAGACAAUAACCGAUGAUCCUGAGCAGUUCAUAGAGGAUGGUGGAUGGGAGUUUUUGAACUUGGAGGCUAGUGAUUCAGAUUCUGAAAACUCUCAGGAAUCAGAUCAAGGAUAUGUACCUUCAGAUGUCCAAUCAGAUUCUGUCUCGGAGGAGGAGGAUGACGACAGUGAAUCUCUGGUGGAGUCUGAUGAUGAUGAUAAAGAUGAUUCUGAUGAAGAUUCUGAGGAAGACGAAGGCAAAACCUGGGAAGAGCUGGAAAGGGAAGCUAGUAAUGCGGAUAGAGAAAAGGGCCACGAAUCCGACAGUGAGGAAGACAGAAAGAGAAGGAAAAUGAAGGCUUUUGGAAAAUCACGACCACCGGAAAGAAGACCUGGCGGAGGUAGCCUUCCCAAGAAGGCAAGGUUUAGGUAAAACAAUCAACAACGGCAAUCACUGUUGGGACAUUCUGCGAAAGGUAACUUUCUUGUUUCUGCCUCUCUAUCACUGUGGUAUGAAAUAUGAUAUGCAUUAUCUGCUGUGUUCUUGAGCUACUUGGAAAGUUUGUCUUAUUAAGUUAUGACACUGGUGAUGUGAUCCCUGUUUAUUUUGAAAUCUUGGUAUUUUGACUACAUCCAUGUUUGCGACUCUGUUUAUUAGUU